AUGAAGAUGGUAUGGUCGAUGUUGUUGCUUGUUAUGGCCGCAGCAGUUAUCAACAUAGCCGAAUGUUGGGAAGAAAUUCCCACGAAUGGUGCUGGUGGAGUCAUUCGUGUUGGUGGAAAAGUACUUUGCCAAGAUUGUACCGAAGGAUGGAACGAAUGGGUAAAUAGUCAUAAACCUAUCGAAGGUUGUGUGGUUUCGGUGACAUGCAUGGACGACAGAAAGAGGAUUAUAUACUAUGGAAGUGAUAAAACUGACAAAGCUGGUGAGUUUGAGGUCACCAUAAACAAAUACAUAUAUGGAAAGAAGAUAAAGCCCGAAGCUUGUUUCACAAGGCUCGUUUCGUCACCUGAUCCUAUUUGUAACAUCCCCACCAAUUUCGCUGGAGGCAAGACCGGGGUGAAGCUUGGUCGCCCGACCCUAGUGUACCGAGAUAUGAUCAAACAUGUCCUUGGUCCAUUCUAUUACACAACACCUAUGUGUGAUGAACCCGAUACUAAUGAUAGCGAUAAUGACAAUGAUGAUAAUUCAUAUGGAAAACAAAAUAACUACUGAUACUCUAAUGUCUAUUUUGCUGCU